GGAACUUCACAUCUUAAAAUGUCAGAUCACGAGGACCUGAAUAAAGCCAUGGGACACUGGAACGCCUCUGAGAGCUAUCAGCUCAACCCAGCCAGUGUCAUUGUGUCUGUGGUCUUCUCGCUCAUCUUCCUCCUGGGGACCAUUGGGAAUAGUCUGGUACUGGCUGUGCUCCUCAGAAGUGGGCAGGUUGGGUACAACACCACCAAUCUGUUCAUCCUCAACCUCAGCGUAGCCGAUUUCUUCUUCAUCAUCUUCUGUGUGCCUUUCCAAGCAACCAUCUACUCCCUGGAGGGUUGGGUUUUCGGGUCCUUCAUGUGCAAGGUGGUUCACUUCUUCAUCAACCUCACCAUGUAUGCUAGCAGUUUCACCCUGGCCACGGUGUCUGUGGAUAGGUAUCUGGCCAUCCGUUACCCUCUGCGCUCCAGAGAAUUGAGAACACCGUGUAAUGCCGUAGUCGCGAUGGUGGUCAUCUGGGGCCUGUCGCUUGUUUUCGCCGGGCCUUAUUUGAGUUACUACGACCUCAUUGAUUUCGAAAACAGCAAUGUGUGCGUGCCAGGGUGGGAAGAGCAUAACCGGAAGGUUCUGGACACCUGCACCUUUGUUUUUGGCUAUGUUAUUCCUGUGCUCAUCGUGAGCUUGUCCUACACACGCACCAUCAAGUACCUGUGGACCGCGGUGGAUCCUCUCGAUGGAAUGUCGGAGUCGAAGCGAGCCAAGCGCAAGGUCACCAAGAUGAUCAUCAUAGUCACAGUGCUCUUUUGCAUCUGCUGGCUACCGUACCACGUGGUCAUUUUGUGCUACCUCUAUGGAGAUUUUCCCUUCAAUCAGACCACCUACGCCUUCAGGCUGCUGUCCCACUGUAUGGCCUACGCCAACUCUUGCCUCAACCCUAUCGUUUACGCCCUGGUGUCCAAACACUUUCGCAAGGGCUUCAAGAAGGUCUUCAGCUGCAUCCUCAGCAAAAAGGGACGAAAUAAGGUACACGUGGUCCAUGUGGCCAACACUGUCCCUGUGAUAUUCCUCUUGGACCAGCAUGAUAUUUUACUAUAUGCAAAUAAAUAA